AUGGGCAUGGGGGAUAGGGAUGCAAAUGCGACUGCCGACGAGGGUGAUAAGCAAACAAAACAAAUCACCAAACAGAUCACAAAGAAGCCCGGAGACCGAGGGAGCACCGCACAGGGGAUGACCACCGGGUCUAUUCCAUCCUCCUCAAUAUCAAUAUUACGAAACCAAGCGACCAGAAUGGCAGACGAUAUCAACAUUGAGAAGGGUGACGAUGUGUCAUGA